AUGCCCGCCACUAAUGCCGAACGCCUCGCGAACCGGAAGCCCAUCCCGAAGCCCGUCCCGGCCUACCUGCCCUCCGACGACAGCUCCCCGCUGAACGUGGACAAGGCCCGGUACACGGCCUUCCGGGAGGCGCCCCGAGUCCUGGUCGAGGAGUUUACGCUGCCCAUACGAUCCGGGAAAGCAUGGAAAGCCCCGGCCGGCUCUAUUGUAAAGAUUAGCACCCCGGAGGGUCCCCAGGUUGGCGACCUAAACAUCUGGAACGCCCACAACCCCCGCGAGCGCUUCUGGGCCAGCCGCACCAAGCAGCUGCACGCCUCGCACGUCACAACCUACGACAAGCUCUGGUCCAACCUGCCGUACAUGCGGCCGCUGGCGACCAUCAUCAAGGACACGCUGGACUGGUACGGCGAGGACGAGCACGGCGGCCGCGUGCACGACCUGCUGGGCACGCGGUGCGACCCGUACAUCAACACGGUGCUGAGCGGCGGCACGUACAACUUCCAGUGCCACUCCAACCUGACGCGCGCCGUGCUGCCGUUCGGCCUGGCCGAGGCCGACGUCCACGACGUCAUCAACAUCUUCCAGGUCACCGGGCUGGACGACAAGGGCCGCUACUUCAUGAACCCGUGCCCGGCCGAGCCCGGCGACCACCUGGAGUUCUUUGCCGAGCAGGACCUGCUGAUGGCGCUGAGCACAUGUCCCGGCGGCGAUUUGUCGCUCUGGGGAUUCGGCGAGGAUAGUGAGGAGGAGAUGAUCAAGUGCUGCCGGCCGCUCAAGGUCGAGGUCUACCGCCUUGCCGACGAGAGCCUCUUGGAGAAGAGUGGGUGGAAGCCGGCAGAGAAAUCGGCCUAUGCUGGAUGUCACGGCAUGAACAUUCCUCUAGGUGAGGCCAAAUAAAGCGUAUGCUUGUGCCUUGGGCAUGUAUGAUUUGCAUAUAUACAGUAUAGACUACAUGUAAUGCACACUCAAAGCUCAGUGUGUGUCUUGUCACUUAAUGUGACUACACUAGACAUUCUCUGGCGGUAUCCAAAU